AUGGAGCUACCAAAUACCGAUAUCCACCGGCGCAGAUCUAUACGACGAUUCUCAGCUUAUGCAGUCACGCUCGUCCUUGCUACCUUGUUCUUCGUGGGCACGUCAUCCUUCUCGAGCUCACCCAACAAUUCCGGCACGCAGCGCACGGGAGAUGCUCAUGUUCAUCACCUCAAACGAAGAAAUCCUCCUUCGGCUGUUGGGUGGCACUCCCGUGCCCUCGCUCGUCCGACACCGGCCUAUGACCUCAGCAGGCUGACCUUGUCUUUGGUGCGCUACAAUACACCAACCCCCUAUUACGCGGUCGACGCUGGCGGCAGAGUCCUUGAGAUUACGGCCUCAGACUUCGCGGCGUUUCAAGACGUGAUUCAGCAAGCCGAGGCUUUGCCCCAAACAGGUUGGGGGGUCGAUAAUGGUAUCAAAUACGAAAAUCCCGUUGACGCUCUGAGGACUGCCACUGGAUUAUCCACAACGGUGUAUGGAUGGAAUACAAACACAGGCGUGCUCUUAACGCCUAAAUUUGGCUAUACCACGCUUCCAGCACCACUCCAGAGUUUGAUUGGCCUGGUCCGUGAGGCUUGGGAGGGCACUGCACCGCCAGGCGCAUACAAUCAGACACUCAUCGAUCAAAUCCGCUCCCUCUAA